AUGGCGAAGAAAUCUGUUGUCAUCGUGGGAACGGGCUGGGCAGGCUACACUUUCCUCCAAGACAUCAGUUGCGAUGCCUACAAUGUAAUCAUCAUCUCGCCAGAGGCAACGAGCCCAUACACGCCACUGCUUGCUAGCGCAGCCUGCGGUCUAUUUGACUUUGGUCUGGCCGAGGAGCCUGUGAGACGUGCUUUUGAUGGCGCCACCAAGUCCUUUCCCAUCAGCUACGAUUAUCUCGUUCUAGCCCCAGGAUGUGUCACAAACACGUUUGGUACCCCGGGGGUCGAAGAGUCCGCUUUCUUCGUCCGGAAUGUCCCCGAUGCGAAAAAGGUCCAACAACGCAUUCAACAGCUAUUGGAGCUCGCAUCCCUGCCCGACACCAGCGAAGAGCAGCAGAGAGCGCUUCUGCACAUUGCCGUUGUGGGAGGUGGACCGACCGGCGUCGAAAUCUCUGCCGAACUGUCCGAUCUGUUCAACAACGACUUUGCCAAGCUGUACCCAAGUCUUGCCGGCAAAAUGUCCAUCACCAUAUUUGACGCGGCUCAGUUUAUUCUGGGAGCUUUCGAGCAGUCGCUGAGAGACUAUGCCAUCACAAGCUUCUCUUCGAGACAUGUUCGAGUCCAUACUGAUGCAAAAAUCCUCAAGGUCGAGCAAGACAAGAUUACAGUCAAGGGCCAUGGAGAAGUGCCAUGCGGAAUGGUGCUCUGGGUUACCGGCAACAAAGAGUGCGCUCUUGUCGACAAGCUGAACGUGGCCAAGUCGGAUCGGCUUCCACGCAUACUGACGGACGACGCACUCCGGGUCCUCGAUGCAAACAGGCAGCCUAUGGACAAUGUCUUUGCUCUCGGAGAUGCAGCAGACAUUGAGAGCAAUGGGUUGCCGACAACGGCCGAGGUGGCGGUUCAGAAGGCCAGAUUCCUAGCCAGGACUUUCAAUGGGUGCCGAGGGUUCGAUGCUUUGUUUACAUACAGGCAGAAAGCUCUGGUCGCCUACAUCGGCGGACACGACGGUGUGGUGCAAGGCGAGGCCGGCUGGACAGGCGCGAGAGCUUGGCGUGCCUGGAGAGCAAAGAACCUGUUUUGGACGCGUAGCUGGAGACGCAAGUUUAUGAUUGUGGCCAACUGGAUGUGGAAUUGGAUUGAUGGUCGAGAAUUGGCCCGGGCAUAG